GUGUGUGGUUAUUUAGGAGGUAAAAACCCACCUUGAUUUAGGGGAGCAGCCAGAGCCAGAUGCGUUUGGGUGCUGCUGCAGCGCUCUGGGUGCUGGGUGGGGGCUUUGGGUGCCCCCAUCAAGAGGGGGGCUGUGGGCUGGAAAAGGAGGCAGCAGCCACGGUACCAACACCUUGCACCCCAACGCGGUGGCACCAGGGAGCAGCAGCCUGCCCGUGAGGGUCUUUCAAGGGAGAGUUAAUUCGUGGGGCACUAAGAGAGCUUAACAAGGUCAGCUGGGCUGUCCCAGCAGCCACGGGACCUAGCUAAGCUCAGCCCAGGCACAGAGCCUGUUGCUGCUGGCCCCAGCCAAGGCUGGGCGUGGAUGUGUGUGUGUGUGGACGCAUAAAUCCGCGGGGCUGUGCACCUACACCAGUGCCUGCGACCCUAAAGGAAUGUCUAUCUGCAAAGGGAUGCCCAGGGACCCCAAUACACCCCGCCUGUGGGCUUGGCAGGGGUGCAGGCAGCACCUUUGGCGAGGGUGGAAGGGGUGCAGGCAGCACCUCUGGGUGAGCACAAACCCUUUCUCCCAUCCUGAAGAUACCCAAGGGUGGGGUGCAACAGGCAUGGAGUGAAGCAUCUUCUUUUUUGGCACCUCCAUCUCGUGGCACAUCCUGCACGGGCCGGGGCAGCGCUCAGCCUCUUCCUGCCCGCGGGGGGAGGAAGAGCGGAGGCUGCGAAGGCACUUGGUGGAGGAGCUCGAGCCCAGCCGCCCCGUUUUCUCUGCAUGGAGGUGGCCCGAUGGCUUUUCUCCGGCGGCUUUUUGGCUUUACGGAAAAGAAGAAGCCGCCGAGGCGGUACGAGCACGUCAGGCGGGAUGUUGACCCCGAGGAGGCCUGGCUGGUGCUGGGCGAGCUGGGCGACGGCGCCUUUGGCAAGGUCUUUAAGGCACAGAACAAGGUCACGGGGGCGUUGGCGGCCGCCAAGGUGAUCGACACCCCGAGCGAGGAGGAGCUGGAGGACUACGUGGUGGAGAUCGAGAUCUUGGCUUGUUGCGACCACCCCAACAUCACCAAGCUGCUGGAUGCGCUCUACUGGGAUGGGCGGCUCUGGAUUCUGGUGGAGUUUUGUCCUGGAGGGGCUGUGGAUGCAGCGAUCUUGGAGCUGGAGAAAGGGUUGACGGAGGAGCAGAUCCGAGUGGCCUGCAAGCAGCUGCUGCUGGCGCUGCAGUACCUGCACGGCUGCAAGAUCAUCCACAGGGACGUGAAGGCUGGCAAUGUCCUGCUCACCCUCGACGGGGAUGUCAAGCUGGCCGAUUUUGGCGUCUCGGCCAAAAACUCCAGCACCGUCCAGCGCAGGGUGUCCUUCAUCGGCACCCCGUACUGGAUGGCCCCGGAGGUGGUGCAGUGUGAAACGUCCAAGGAGAGCCCCUAUAGCUACAAGGCUGACAUCUGGUCGCUGGGCAUCACGCUGAUUGAGAUGGCCGAGAUGGAGCCCCCCUACCACGAGCUGAACCCCCUCCGGGUGCUGCUGAAGAUUGCCAAGUCCCAGCCGCCCACCCUGCGUCACCCCAAGAGGUGGUCUGAAGACUUCAAGGACUUCCUGAGGAAAUCCUUGGAGAAGAGCCCUGAGGCACGGUGGUCGGCCAGCCAGCUCCUGCAGCACCCCUUUGUGGCCGGCAUCUCUGACAAGCGGCCGCUCCGGGAGCUGGUGGCUGAAGCCCGGGCUGAUGUGCUGGAGGAAGAGGAUGAGGAGGAAGGUCCGGUCCCCUUGCCUGGGCAGGAGCAUGGAGAGUCCUCCUGCCCCCCGACACCAGGGGGUCCCCAUGAGCAUCAGCCCCCGGACGCAGCAGAGAGAGUCGGUGAGGAGCCGGGCGUCCCAUCCGACGUCUGGGCGGUGGCAGAGCCCAGGACCAAGGGAGCGUCCGACUUCUUGAAGCACAUGAGGAGGAGGUCCGAGCCCGGGGGCUCUGUGAGGCUCCCUGCAAAGAGGCCAUCCGAGUUUCUGAAGCUGCUGCGGCGCAGGUCAUUUUUUGGAGGGAUGAAGUCCCAAGAAACAGCUAAGGAGCAGCACGGUGCAGAGCCCAGUGGGCUGGAGAUCACAGCGUUGGAUGCUCCUGAAGGGACAUCAGUCCUAGCAGAGGCAGAAGGAGAGACUCAAGGGCGUCGAAAGGAGGCGGCCAGUCCUCUGGGGACCCCCUGCAACGUGGCCGAGAUCCCCCUGGGGCCACAGCAGGCAGGAGACCUUGCUGAACAGCAAGAGCUGAAGGCAGAGCAGGUUGGACCCAAGGCAGAGCCCCAGGAGGAAAGCCAACGUGCCGACUCAUCACCGGAGGCCGAAACGCCCACGGAGGGACAGCUUGCAGCCCGACUGAGCCCUGUUUCGGCCCCCGAGAGCAAUACAAAAAAGGAAUCAAUCAGAGACCCUACUUGUAACUCACUGUCCCUGCCUGCACCCACAGACGGGGACUGGGGCAGAGGCUCGGCCGUGGGGCGGCUGGUGGCAGCUCUGGACCUGUGGACCACGGGGACCAAAACCCAGAGCUUCGAGUCACUGGUGGAGCAUCGGCACCGGGUUACUCGGUCAUUACUAGUCCUGAAGGUUGAGGUUGGCCCCACUGGGGGUGAAGAUGGCCUUGGGAAGGAUGGUGAUGGAGUAGGGAGGGCACCCAUGGGACCUGAGGGUGCUGGAGAGCCUGGGGAGACUGAGCUGGUGGAGAAGGGGGUGCCACAGGGUGAAGAAUUGCUGAUGCCCAGUGCGAUGGAGGAGGCAGUGGUGGGGUCAGAUGUUCUCAAGGAGUGGCAGGAGCCUCCAGCCAGUCUGGGAGAGGCUGGAGAGAGGAACAACGAGGAAAGAAACUCGGCCGUGUGCGAGCCCAUCACUGACUCCCUGAUCCUGGUUGAGCGAGAGGUGGGAAGGAAUGAGGAGGAAGCCACAGAUGACACUGAAACCAGGGUGGAAACUUCUCCCAGGGAAGCCCUGGUGCCAGCAGAACUGAAAUUGGAAGAGGAUGUUGUAAAAGUGUGUUUGACUGGAGACCUUAAACCAGUGGGAGACGCAGCCAGCCCAGGAGAAGUGAUGCUGGCAGGAGAGGAACCGGAGGUAGCCUCUGCAGCAUGUGCAGGAGAGGGACCUGCAAGUGAGGAGGCCCAAAAUUCAGCAAAUGAUGUGUUCCCCGUGGAGAACCCAGGGCCUCUUGAAGAAGAAACAGAAGAGAAAGCGGAAAACAGCCCCAGAGACAACCACUCAGGAGCUGGGAGCGGCUGGAAAGGACAAGAUGGAAGUGAUGGAGAGCUUGGAGAAGUCGGGGUGCAGGUUGCUCCAGCUCCUGAGGAACCACCAAGGGAUGGACCUGGAGAGGAGGUGGGUGGCUUGGAGGGUUACGGAGCAGUGCCAGAGCCCCAGGAGGCCCUUGGUGGACAUCCAAAGGCCACAAAGACCGUGAGCUUCGAGGCUGCCCUUGUCCACACCUCUUCCCAGGCGUGGGCAGGACGGGAAGCAGGGAACAGGCCAGAUCCAUCCAUCACAUCAAAGCAAGGGGAGGAGCCAUGCCCUGUGGAAAACCCUGCAGAAGUACGCGGUCCGGGUGCCCUCCCCGCAGCAGCGCAGCCUUUCCCCUCUGCUGGGGAAGCCCAACAGGAACCUGCCUCACUCCAAAGGACAGUCAAGAAAACCCGGAGGUUUGUGGUGGAUGGGGAGGAGGUGAGCGUGACGACCGCCAGGACUGUCGGCAAGGCUGGGGCAAGGGAUGAGAUGGUGCGCUCAGCUCGGCGCCAGGAGCUCCGCGAGCUGCGAGUGCUGCAGAAGGAAGAGCAACGAGCUCAGAGCCAGCUGGAGCAGAAGUUUCACCAGCAGCGGGAGCAGAUGUUUCGUCACAUCGAGCAGGAGAUGACGCGCAAGAAGGAGUUUUACGACCGGGAGGUGGAGAGCUUGGAGCGGCACUACCGGCAGCUGAAGGAGCGCCGGGAGCUCGAGUACACGGUGAGGCUGCAAGACGAGGCCAAGCGCCUCAAGUCCCUCCAGGAGAAGGACUGCGGGAGGAGGAUGCAGGAGCUGAAGGGCAAUGGGAGAGAGGAGCAGAGGUUCCUGCAGCAGCAGCAGGAGGAACUCAACGCAGCCCUGCAGAGGGUCGUCCAGGAACACAAGAAGAAGAUGACGUCCAUUGACUGGGAGUGCAUCAGCAAGAUCCAUAGCCUCAGGAGAGCCCGCGAGUCGGUGGUGUGGAGCAUGGAGCAAGGGCACCUGCAGGAGAAGUACCAGCUCUUCAGGCAGCAGGUGAAGGAGCAGCAUGCGCUGCAGAGGCAGCAGCUCCGCAAGCGCCAUGAGAAGGAGACAGAGAGGAUGAACCGUUUCCACCAGCUCUUGCUGGAGGAUCUGAGGAGUCAGCAGGCACAGGAGCGGGCUCAGCUGCUGAAAAGCCAGCGCUGCGAUGCCAAAAUCCGCCUGGCCCUUUUCAAAGACAACCUGAAGAUCCAGGAGGCUAAUGGGGCCAAGCAGAGGGAGAUGUCCAAGCAGUUCAUGCAGCAGGAGGAGAGGCGGCAGCGAGCGCAGGCGCAGCAGCACCAGGAGCAGCAGGCGCAGCAGAUGCAACAGCUGCAGCAGCAUCAGGCUGAGAGUCUGGCAGAGCUGGAGCAGAUGCAGAGCGAGAAGAUGCACCUCUUGGCAGAGCAGGAGAGGCGGCAGCUGGAGCGGCUGGACCAGGAGCACGCCAUGGAGCUCAGCGAGUGGAAGCAACGGCUGGCUGCCCGCAAGGAGAUGCUGGAGGAGGAACUGGGGAACUCGCUGCCGGUGCGGCAGCGAGGAGGGCUGCACGGCCCCCACAGCAGCAACAUCAUCACCCGCUUCUUCCGCCUCCCCUCCUGACACUACGCCACUUACCGGGGGGCGAAAGGCAGGCAGCUGCCUGGGGACCGGUCCCACGGCUCUUCUGGGAGAUGGGAGUGAAGGAACUCAAAGGCAGCACGAGGGGCAGCCGCCCCGGGGGUGCUGAGCCAUGGGGCCGAGCAGCCGGGCAGGACGUGUUAUGAGAUCCUGAGGACGGCAGGUGUGGCUGUGUUCGAGCCCACCCUCGCCGCACCGGAGGGGCCGGGGUGAAGCAGGUGCUGCUACCCCAAAUCACCCCAGAAGUCCCUCAGGGAAGUCUCCCCCACCGGUCUCCAAGCUGUGGAUACAGGGGGCUGCUGGCGCUUCCCAUGCAGAGCGCCCCUCAGCUGAAUUGCAACUCAAGGAAAUACAUGGU